UAAUAAUAAUAAUAAUAAUAAUAAUAAUAAUUGACCAUGCAUAUUAUGGGUGCAGAUUGCUUUUGAAAUGUCAUUUGAAAUGUCUGAAAUUUAAAUGACCAUUAAUUUUCUUCUACAUAAAUAAAUAAAAAGUGGAAUAAAUAUGACAUUCUGAAAUUUUAACAUGACACAAAUAUUAUAACAAAUAUUGUACAAAAUCCAGGUAACAUCGAGCUGCAUUAAGUUGAACACACCUGUUGUUUGUAUAAUCUAUACAAAUAAAUGUGGAUUUAAAAAAAUACAAUAGAAAUACAUUAAAAAAUAGCAUUCAAAUAUAAUUUAGAAUUAAUUUUCAUAUGAUAAUACUACGAUAUUUUAACAAAAUUUUAUGUCAAUGUAUUUGCAGUCUGUGUAACAACAAAGAUUUAAUAUUUAAUAAUUAAUAAUAAUAAUAACGAAUUAAUGUGUGUGUGUGAUCUUGUAUUUUACUCUCUCCUUUUUGUAAGACUGCACAAAAUAAAUGAUUUAUUAGUUCAUUAUUUUUUUAAGUUCUGAGACCAGUAGAAUGGCUGAACGUUUGAGUGUGGAAUUUGAUUGAUUGGCCGGCGCACCAAUAGAAAUGCGCCAUGUAAUGAGCGCAGCCAAUGGGAAGCGCUCAGUGGAUUGUGCUAGAAAUACGAUGGCUGCCGCCUUACAUUAUCGCUGAAGACACAUAGGGGAGAGAGUGAAUGUGUCGGGGGAAAAAUGGCUACAGUUAUGCUGACACUCUGUGUGAUAUUCGUUGCGUCUUUAAAAUCUUGCUUGUCUGAUGAUGGCCAUGAAAUGGAGGAGUUUCUAAAGAGAGAAUAUUCGUUGUCGAAGCCAUACCAAGGAAUCGGCUCUUCCGGAUCUUCCCACUGGGAGCUGAUGGGUGAUGCCAUGGUAACCACCGAUCAGGUGCGCCUCACUCCGGAUAUGCAAAGCAAGCAGGGGGCAGUGUGGAGCCGCAUGCCGUGUCACUUGAAAGACUGGGAACUGCAGGUGCACUUUAAGAUCCAUGGUCACGGGAAGAAGAACCUGAAUGGAGACGGUCUGGCGGUGUGGUACACAAAAGAGCGGAUGCAGAAAGGCCCAGUGUUUGGAAAUAAAGAUUUCUUUACAGGGUUAGGUCUGUUCGUAGAUACUUACCCUAACGAGGAAAAACAUAUAGAGGCUCAGAAGAAAAGGUACACCCCUCGCACACAGAGGAUCUUCCCGUACGUAUUAGCCAUGGUGGGGAACGGCACGAUCAGCUACGAUCACGAGCGUGACGGCAGACCCACGGAGCUGGGCGGCUGCAACGCCAUGGUGCGCAACCUCAAACACGACACCUUCCUCUUCAUCAGAUACGUCCGGCGCAGACUCACGGUCAUGAUCGAUAUCGACGGUCAGCACGAAUGGAGGGACUGCCUGGACAUACCGGGUGUGCGGCUACCUCAGGGCUACUACUUCGGCGCCUCGGCCAUCACCGGAGACCUCUCGGACAACCAUGAUCUCAUCUCUCUGAAGCUGUACCAGCUGACAGUACUCCGGAGUAAACUAAAGGAAGAAGACGAUGAAGAAGAGAUCACAGUUCCAAGUGUGGACAAUAUGGAGCUAAUCAGGAGCUACGAGGAAGGCGAAGGAAUGAGCAGUAUCGCUAUCUUCUUCACCGUGCUCUUCUCCAUGCUGGGCCUCUUCCUUCUUAUUGUUGUGAGCAUUGUGGUUUACAGCCACUGGAACGAGAGCCGACGCAAACGCUUCUACUGAGCUCUCAGCAGAUUGAAACCGUGACUAGAACUUCUGGAUUGGGCUCGAUGGGCUCACGAGCUCCAAAACGCCCCCAGUAUCGGUGCACACUGAGCAAACGGGUUUGAUUUUGUGCACAAAAAAAGGACCGAUGAAAGACUUAGCCAUGAGAACAAAGGAGUUUUAAACGCUAAGAGCAAAGCAACGUGGGAAUUGGGAUUCAACCCCAAACCAGCAGGGCUUUAUAAGAUUGAAAGUAUUUCUCGUAUAAGACAGAUGUUUUAAGUAUAAAUAGGAAACGGCCUUGACUGUUUUUUUUCCACUACAGCCCCGAUAUUUAUGAAACGAUAUUCUGAAUUGUUAUUUUGCUGUUGUUUUGUAUUAUAUGCCACGUUGAUAAGCAAAACAAUAUUGACAAAGGAAUUUGCCUUGUUGGCCAAUAUUAAUUCAAUCCAUGUGUUGUCAUCAUGAUGCUGGAUUUUUAGAAAACUUGUAAGCAAAUAUGUCAUGUGACCACUAGGGGGUGCUAUGACAGUCAAAUAACUGUUUCUCAGAAAUGGCUGGUUUGAUUGGAAUUUUAUACAAGUGUGUUUUUAAGAAAAAACUUAAUCACUGGUAGAUUUCAGAUAUUUGACAAUAAUUUAUCCAAUUCUUUGUCCAGUUUUCACAAAUAUUGUAGGCUGAUAUACCUACAAGCUGCAGUUUAUUAACUAAAAAUGUUUGUUGGCAAAAGUUUCUAAAACGUUUCAUUAACUAUAAAAUCAGAUGAAAAAUUUGCAUCAUGACAUGAUUUUUAUUUAAAAUUGUUGGGAAAAAAAUAGGUAUCCUCUGUAAUGUGAAAUGGUUAUAAAAACCAAAAAAAAGGAGCAGAAAUAAUGUCUCGAAUAUUUCAUUCGAGCGUACAAAUAUAGCGUGGACGCCACCGAGUGAUUGAUGGGGGUGAUUGAUGAUGUACUGUUUGAAUUCUUAUAAACCUGUAAAUUUAAUGGCAAGCAAACAGAACCUUUUUUCCUUGUCUGAUUAUAUGGGGUGCUGCCUUUACACCGGCAGUGUAUUGCAUGUAGUCUCACAUGUGUUCUUGUGUUGAAUGUUGAGUUUAGGAACUCUGCACUGACUGUAACUGACUGAAAACCUCACACACGGAAGGAAAGCAUCAUUUAUUGUGUGGAACAGUAUUUUAUUAAUAAAAAAACUUUUGUUUGAAUUUUUUCCUGUUACAGUUUUAUCAGAAGUGCUGCUUAAAUCAUUUUUAUUGACUAAAACUGUAUUCCCAUCAGAGAGUAAACUGGAGUAAAAUAAAAUCAGAAAACUGAAGUUUAUGAAUGAACUCUAUAAACACAUCCAGUUAGCUCCAAUGUUAAUAAACAUGACCUUUCUUUGUUCCACAAGCUUAAUAUCUGACUGCAUACAUGAUUGCUGAUACGAUGACAUGAAGACUUCUGUGAGGAGAGGUUUACUGAGCAUUUUUGGAAGGAGUCUCCACUAUCAGAACUUUAUAAGACUCAGAGGUCAAGCUGAACCUUUAAGUUUUCCAACACAGGAAACUCUUCAGAACAGAGGACGUUGAUCUUUUGGUUAAGCCAUUCCUUUGGAUGUAUGCUUUGGAUCAUCGCCAUACUGAAAGGUGAAAUUCCUUUUCAUCUUCAGCUUAAUAGUAGACACUUGAAAGUUUUGCACUAAACGUGGCUGGUAAUUGUGUGGCUGGCUGUGGCUCAGGUGGUAGAGCGGGUUGUCCACUAAUCAUAGGGUUGGAGGUUCGAUUCCUGGCCCACGUGACGCCACGUGCUGAAGUGUCCUUGGGUGAGACACUGAACCUCAAGUUGCUCCAGAUGUCAAGUUAGUGAUGGCAGCUCUGCUACCAUUGGUGUGUGUGAAUAGGUGAAUGAGACACAGUGUAAAGCGCUUUGAAUAAAAGCACUAUAUAAGUGCAGACCAUUUACCAUGCCCCACCUUGGGUAUAGUGUUCCUUUUGGUGAUGUGGUUGUAUUUUUGAAUAACUAUUCCUUUUGGAAUUGGUCUCAUCAGACCAUAGCAGAUUUUGCCACAUGGUUUGGGAUGAUUUAGUUGAGUUUUGUUUUUUUUGUGUGUGUGAAAAAGGGCUUCUGUCUAGCCACCCUACCCCAUAACCCAGACAUGCGAAGACUGUUCUCACAUGCACAGAGUAAUCAGUACUUGUCAGAUAUUCCUGCAGCUCAUUUAAUGUUGAUGUGGGUCUGUUAGCAGAUACGCUGGUAAGUUUUUGUCUUAUCCUUUUGUAAAUUUUAGAGGGACGUCCUGUUGUUGGUGAUGUCAUCGUGGUACGCCGUUUUCUCUGCUUGAUGGUUGAUGGCCUUCAAGGUGCUCCAUAGUACAUCUAAUGUUUUGGAAAUUCUUUUAUACCCCUCUCCUGAUCGAUACCUUUUGACAGCAGUCAGCAGUCGGAUGAAACCAAGACGAUGUCUAGAAAAUCCUACAGAAACAGCUGAUAUUUAUUUGGGGUUAUUCAGAAUAGUUUCAUUGAUGACAGCUUGAAUGUGAUUAUAAUUAUACAAUUAUAAAUGAUAUAUUAUGUUUUCCC